CCGGCCGCCAUUGCCUCGUGCCCGCGCCGGUCGGUUGGUGGCGCCUUUGUCCUACGGCGGGCAGGUGGGCUGAGGCGGAGGCGGCGGCGGCGGGCCUGAGGCGGAGAAGUGGCCAGCAGCCCGCCGCGCUGGUAGCGAUAUUAAUAAGGCAGCGGAAAGAAGAAAUAUGAAUACGGCUCCAUCAAGACCCAGCCCCACACGAAGAGAUCCAUAUGGCUUUGGAGAUAGUCGAGAUACAAGACGUGAUCGAUCGCCCAUUCGAGGAAGUCCAAGAAGAGAGCCCAGGGACGGCAGAAAUGGCCGGGAUGCUCGAGAUGGCAGAGACAUGCGAGACCCCAGAGAUUUGCGGGACCACAGAGAUACCAGAGACAUUCGGGAUCACCGAGACAGCAGAAGUAUGCGUGAUGCUCGGGACAUGAGGGAUCUUAGAGACUUUCGUGACCUGAGAGAAACUAGGAAUUUUCGAGAUCACCGAGAUCCCAUGUACGAUAGAUACAGAGAGAUGAGAGAGUCCCGAGAUCCCAUGUACAGGAGAGAAGGCUCUUAUGACCGAUACCUGCGAAUGGAUGACUACUGCAGGAGGAAAGAUGAUGCUUACUUUGACCGUUACAGAGAUAGCUUUGAUGGACGAGGCCCUCCAGGCCCAGAAAGUCAGUCUCGUGCAAAAGAAAGGCACGGUCCAUGUUUCAGUUUUCCCUGGUGUCAUCCUGCAGAGCGUCUGAAACGUGAGGAACGUCGUAGAGAAGAGCUCUAUCGUCAGUAUUUUGAGGAAAUCCAGAGACGCUUUGAUGCUGAGAGGCCUGUUGAUUGUUCUGUGAUUGUGGUCAACAAGCAGACUAAAGAUUAUGCUGAAUCUGUGGGGCGGAAGGUCCGAGACCUAGGCAUGGUAGUAGAUUUGAUCUUCCUCAACACGGAAGUAUCACUGUCACAAGCCUUGGAGGAUGUUAGCAGGGGAGGGUCUCCCUUUGCUAUUGUCAUCACCCAGCAACACCAGAUUCACCGCUCCUGUACAGUCAACAUCAUGUUUGGAACCCCUCAAGAGCAUCGCAACAUGCCCCAGGCAGACGCCAUGGUGCUGGUGGCCAGAAAUUAUGAGCGCUAUAAGAAUGAGUGCCGGGAGAAGGAGCGCGAGGAGAUUGCCAGACAGGCGGCCAAGAUGGCUGAUGAAGCCAUCCUCCAGGAAAGAGAGCGAGGAGGCCCUGAGGAAGGGAUGCGUGGGGGGCACCCUCCAGCCAUCCAAAGCCUCAUCAACCUGCUGGCCGACAACAGGUACCUCACUGCUGAAGAGACUGACAAGAUCAUCAACUACCUGCGAGAGAGGAAGGAGCGGCUUAUGAGGAGCAGCGCCGACUCUCUGCCUGGCCCGAUUUCCCGUCAACCACUCGGGGCGACCUCGGGUGCCUCACUGAAGACACAGCCAAGCUCUCAACCGCUCCAGAGUGGCCAAGUGCUCCCGUCUGCUACACCCACUCCAGCUGCACCCCCCACCUCCCAGCAAGAGCUUCAGGCCAAAAUCCUCAGCCUCUUCAAUAGUGGCACGGUUGCGGCCAAUAGCAGCUCUGCAUCCCCCUCAGUUGCUGCCGGAAACACCCAGAACCAGAAUUUUUCCACAGCAGCGAACAGCCAGCCUCAGCAAAGAUCACAGGCCUCUGGCAAUCAGCCUCCAAGCAUUUUGGGACAGGCAGGAUCUGCUCGGAACAUGGGCCCCAGGCCUGGGGCUCCUUCCCAAGGGCUCUUUGGCCAGCCUUCCACCCUCCUGGCACCUGCCAGCAACUUGGCUAGCCAGAGGUCUGUGUCUUCCACAAGUAUCAACUUUGACAAUCCAAGUGUACAGAAAGCUCUGGACACCCUGAUCCAGAGUGGCCCUGCUCUCUCCCACCUGGUUAGCCAGACCACAGCACAGGUGGGGCAGCCGCAGGCCCCCAUGGGAUCAUACCAGAGGCAUUACUGAGGCUAAAUCUCAACUUCCCCCAGGCCCCUCUUCCCCCGGCCUCCUACCUGUUGCGUCCUAAGUAGAGUUACUUGGAGGAUGUUCUCUGCGCAUAUCCAGGUCCACAUCGAAUGUCAUAAGUUUCUACCACCUGCUCUCUUCUGCCCAAGGCUGUUGUUACUUAUUCCUUCCAGAGUCAGAGUUUGUACUGCCUUGGAGGUGUAUUUUUUGUUGUUGGGGUUAUUUUUUUUUUCUUUUUUCUUUUUUUUGAUAGAAAAUAAAUAUCUCUGGGGUCAUGGGCAGUAUAGGUGUCUGGGCUCCGUUUGUAUUUCAUUUGUCUCUGUCAGCUCGAUGUGGGGGCGGGGGAGGAGAAGCAGCCAGGCCCCAGCUGGCUGCAUGUGGGGUGGUCCUUCCAUGGCGAGAGCCACUGCCUUUGUUCGUUUUGAGCCUCCCCAGGCUUUCGGCCUCACGCAGGCCCACCCAAGCACGAGCUCCUGCCUGCGUCCCUGUGUAGGGUUGUAGAGCGCAGGCUGGGCCUGGUGGGCACGGCGCAGGUGCGCCCCGUCCCACAUGUGUGGGGGCGGCCUGAGGGCUGCUAAGCAGGCUGCUCUGGAGUUGAAGAGGGGCCAUGGCAGGCACUUUUCUGCCUGACCCAGAGUAGUUGGUUCUUGGUUUUUCUUUUUUUUUUUUUUUCCUUUGUGGCUUUCAUUGCAAUGGAAGAUUUUCCAUGGACUGAACAGCAUCGGUCACCAGCAGUUUAACCCAAACUGUGAAUCUGGGCCCCAACCACUCUUAACCCUUUAACAUUUGUCAGCUUCUUCCUCACCAGUGGUAGUUUCAUGGAGUUGGCUCUGAGAAGACCGCUCUAGACUCUGGCAGUGAACACCUGUUUUUUCAGUGAUUGCUUUGAGCUUUUGGCCCAGAAACCAGGCUCUUGUUCUGUUUUCUGAGCAGCAGGAGGUAGGGACCAUUUUGAUGUCAGACUUUUGGUAGCCAGACGUGUUCUUGAUGCAGGAGGCUGUUCAAAACUUUUGAGCCAGAGUGAAGUUACUAGAGGGAGGACCUCUGCCUGCUGCUCUAAGUGGAGCCAAAGGAAGCUGCCUUCUCCCUAGGGAUGGUGCUCCUUAGAGCCUUGUGGAUCAGCCUCAAGGGACCCCUGGCGGAGACACGGGAGAGCAGUGACUUCAGCUGAGUCCUUGCCAGUAGCUGAGUAAACAUUGGUUUCCAAAACUCAAGGUCCCCAGAUGGCAGUGUUUUAUGUUCUGACCUGUUUGUGUUAUAUAGUGGUUUUUUUUCCUCUUUGAAACUCCUGUGUUGUUAAUAAGAUGAAAUGAUUACUUUUUAAUUAAAAUGCAAAAGUGAAA